AUGGAGGACCACGGCGCCGGCUGCCACCCCCUGCUCCACGGCCACCUCCAGCCGGCCCACGCAUACGGCCCGUGGGACCCGCCCCUCGCCGCGUUCGACGACGGCAACCACCACCACCAGCAGCAGAUGGAGUGCUUCUCGACGGCGUCGGAGCUGCGGGACGCGCUGCUGCGCGCGCUGGCCGAGCUGGAGGCGGCGCGGGGCGCGCACCGGGAGGAGCUCCGGCGCGUGGAGCACGAGGCUGCGCGGCUCGUGCCGCCGCCGCCGCCCCAGAGCGUGCCCGACCCGCCGCUCCACGGCGUGCUGGGGCUGGGUCUGGGAGGAGGAGCGGGCGGCAUGGCCGUGGGCAUGGACGAGGCCGCCACGUCGGAGGAGGAGGCCGAGGUGGAGAUGGCGCUGGCGCGGCGGCUGCCGGAGAAGGGGCGGCUGGUGGAGGCGGUGGUGUCGGCGGGGCCGCUCCUCCAGACUCUGCUCCUGGCCGGCCCGCUCCCGCGCUGGCGCCACCCGCCCCCGCCCGCCUCGGCCGACGUCAUACCGCCCUUCAACCCCGGCCGCCCCGACGGCAACUACUCCCUCUCGUCCGCGUCCGCGUCGUCGUCGCCGGAGAGCAACUGCAGCGGCGGGAACGCCCCGCCGGCGGCAGCUCAGCCGCAGCAGCACGCGCUCCCCUGCUUCCACAUGAGCUCCUCCUUCUGCAUGUAGCCGGCACGUGUCAUGCAGACCACUACUGAAUUCUCUGCCACUGCCGCUUGUGUACUACAGUACUACUGCUACUACUAAUUAAUCACGUCCGUAUAUUGCUCUAGCUACUACUGUCUGGGAUUAGUAUAGCUACUUAGCUAGUAUAUAUAUAUAAUUAUAUAGGGUGAUUAGUUAGUAAUUAGCUGGUGAUUGUGUGUGGUGUAGCAUCAAAUAAUAUGUGUGUAACUAAUUAAAAGUGGGCAAAGAUGCCAUCACUUUGUCAGUGA